AACAUAAUUCACCAAAUAAAGGGAAGCUGCGUGGUGUAGCGGUGAUAGUAUCUGGAUUAUAUCCAUGGCAGGACGACAGAGUGUAGCCUCACGUUACUCUCUUUCUCUGUGUCUAAUAUUCUUACUGACAGCGGCGGCGACGGCGGAGCGUGAAAAUAACUCAUUUUCGUCAAGUCUGUUUUGGUCUACUGCCAAAGAAGGGGAGGAUCUGCUGCGAAAAACCGAACCCAACGAUGAUACUUCGGCGGCUUCUGUUGUCAGAGAUCCUGAUCAACUUGACGGUGGUUUUUCUUCACUUGAUGGGAUGUUACAGUGGGCCAUAGGUCAUUCUGAUUCAGCCAAGUUGAAGGAAACUGCGCAGGAUGUCCAGCGUUUAUCUCCUUCUGAGCUCAAGAAGCGCCAAAUGGAAAUAAAGGAACUUAUGGAGAAGUUGAAAAUGCCAUCAGAUUCACAGUUGAUGCAAAUUGCGUUAGGUGAUUUGAACAAUUCUUCUCUGUCCGUGGAAGAUCACUACCGUGCCCUGCAGGAGCUUUUGAUUCUUGCGGAGUCCAUAGAUAACGCAAAUGAUCUGAGCAAACUUGGGGGCUUUGAUGUGCUUAUACGAGAGAUGAAUCACCCAAACACAGAUAUAAGGAAAAUUUCUGCAUGGAUUCUUGGGAAAGCCAGUCAAAAUAGCCCAUUUAUUCAGAAGCAGGUCCUCAGACUUGGAGCGCUGUCAAAGCUAAUGAAGAUGGUAAAAUCUAGUUUCAUAGAAGAAGCUGUAAAAGCACUAUAUGCUGUUUCAGCCUUGAUUCGAAAUAAUGUAGCUGGCCAGGAAUUAUUCUAUGCCGAAGCUGGAGAUCUGAUGCUUCAGGACAUACUGAGCAACACAAGCAUUGAUAUCAGACUUCGCAGAAAAGCUGUGUUUCUUGUUGCUGACCUGGCUGAAUGUCAAUUAGAAAAUGUACACAAGGUGGAACCGCCAUUUUUCAGCAAUUGCUUGUUCUUGAAGUCUGUGGUUGAUCUAACAGCAUCAGCUGAUCUUGAUCUACAGGAGAAGGCCCUUGUUGCGAUUAAGAAUCUACUGCAAUUCCGAACAAUAGAAAUCCAGGUUUUAAAAGACUUCUGUGGUUUGGAUACUGCCUUGGAGAGGUUAAAGCAGCAGCUGCAGGAUUUAAGCGUAGAGGAAUAUAAGAGAGAUUAUGCUACGGAUUUGGAAGCCCUCCGGAAAGAAGUGGAGCUGGCCUUUCACAGAAGGCUGGGUAUGGGGACAAAGAUUCCAACUUGAUUUGAUGAUUGCAUUCUCUUGCCAACUACACCGUGUAACUGUAUUAUGGUGGUUGUUAUUUGAUCAUGUCUCACUGGUGAUCACGGAUCUGUAAAUCUCACUCUUUUUUGUCAGGUUACUUUGCCAUGGAGAAAGACCGAUAACAGGGUUUUAUUUGAUUCCCAGGCUUGUCUUCACGUAAAAUUUGAGGAAAUUUCAUUUUAGCAAGUGAAAAUGUUGAUAGAUAAAAGGAGCUAGGAUAUUAGUGUUGUUUUGUUGUUUGAUUCAUAGAUGAUAAAGCUGAUGAUUUGUAAACAUAUCUUCUGUUACCUGAUAAUUAGGGUAUCUAUUGCUCUCUUCCCUUACAUU